AUGCUACUUCUCCAAUCACUGACCUCCCUCUUUACUACACCUACUGAUCUCACCACUGCUACAGACUCUCCUUCUUAUGGCACUACUACAAGUAUUACUAAUGUAACCAUUACUUCAGAUGCCCCCAGUACGCCUACUGAUUCUGCCACAUCUGAUCCUCCCAACACUACAAUUGUUGUUACCGACACCAUCACUAUUUCUCAUACCACUACUGGCUCAACCACGGAUCAAGAUUUUACAACAACUUUUAGUAUUGCAACUACUGACUUCAACAAUACUACUGACCCUCCUCCUCCUACUACUACUGAUGUAAUCAUUACUACUGACCUCCCCAGUACCAUUACUAGUACUGGUGCAACCACAUCUCCUGAAGUAUCUAGUACCACCUAUCCCCCUACUAGUACAGCUGGUACUACUACUACUACUACAUACCACCCGACCACUACUGAGCCAUUAACAAGCACAAAUGGCAGUCUAGCCACAACUAGUCCCCACCCCUGGACAACUGCCACAUCUCCUCAAACACAUUCUACUCAGUAUCCAAACACUACUACUGCGGACAGCCAGUACUACGACUACUUCUACAGUUGGUUCUACGUCUAUCACCACAACCAGACCUCUGAAAAAGUUUGCAAAUCAGAAAAAAUAAGUGAAUGGAAUUUCCCGCAAACACCUUUUGGCUGGUUUGCUUAUUCUAAGGAAGUUUGUGAAAAAGGCACAAAUAACGCGGGAAAACCAAAGGCCUCAGCAUUGUGUUCUGAUGAGAAUGGAGGAACGGCUUUCAAACGACCGCCUCAGCUCACCACCCCAGCUGAUUUGGAGAGCCUGGCCACAAGCACCCAGAUUCUGACCUCAAGACCUGAUGAGCUCACGGCCUGAAAACAUAACAACGGCAGCACAAUCGCCAACACCCUCCUUCUGUCUGCUAACGCACGGAGCGUCAGACUGGCAGCGGUAGCUACGGUCAGCCAGCUGCUGAAUGCGAGCUCACCAGAAGAUGUUCAGGAAAACAGCGCUACUCUGAACCUCACAAUGACCCUGGAUCAGCUCUCCCUCAACCUCAGUGCCAUUCACAAUGGGUCCACGUCUCAGGUGGUUCAGCCCAACCUGGUCAUCCAGUCAGCUCAGAUCCUUGAAGCCAACACCCAAGGAGUCCAGUUCACUUCACUCGCAGGAACAUCUGGAAGUUUUGUGGCUGACAGAAUUAUGUUGAACACUAACGCCUCACUUGUUGUGGUGGAAAACGGCUUCAUAGCCGACGCGCUGGUCUAUAUAAAAUUCCCACCAGCCGCUCGUCAAGAUCCGUCCAAUGUAUCUCUCGGAUUCGUCCUCUACCAGAACGACCACUUCUUCAAGUCAAAUCGCUACAGGAGGCAGCGGGCUACCGUCAGGGUGCUGUCAGCCAAUGUCAAAGGUCAAGAGCGCUCUGUGGUACCGCAACAUGUGGAGCUGCUGUUCAGACCAACAACGGUUCCUGGAACCCUGCUGUACGACUUCGCCUGUGCGUUCUGGAACUACAGUCUGAACGACUGGAGCACUGACGGCUGCUCCAAAGGAAACACGUCGGACGGCACUCUACGAUGUUUCUGUAACCACACCACCAACUUUGCUGCCCUCUGGUCUUUCAGAGAGAAAUAUGAAUAUGCAGAAGCCCUGGGUGUCAUUUCCAUCGUUGGACUCGUCAUUUCGAUGCUGUGUUUACUGAUAACCAUCAUUCACCACUUUAAAGAAAAGGUCGCCACAGCAAAUCCCACAUGGAUCUGCUGCAUGUUGAAGUGGCACAUGUUUUACCCCGGAUGCUCUGUAAAAGAAAAAGUUGGGCAGGCCAACUCCAACAUCGCCUUUCUCAGCAUCUGCUUCAGCCUCCUUGCCUUCAUCCUCACGUUCCUCAUCGGGGUUGAAAACACCAACAAACAGAGCAACACACCGGAGGAAAUCAGCAACCAAACUAACUCCAUCCCUCGCACUGACAAACACGUCCAGCCGGACAGCGGCGCCUGCACGGCCGUGACGGCGCUCCUCCAGUUCUUCCUUCUGUCGACCUUUGCGUGGAAUGCCGUGUACGGCACGCAGCUGGUCCAGCUCUUCUGGAAGAACAGCUCCAGUCUCCCAGACUUCUGUAUGCCACUCAGCAUCGCUAUCAGCUGGGGAGUCCCAGCGGUCGUCGUCGCGAUCACUCUUGGAGCGACCUACAGGAUCAACAACCCGCUGGCAUACAGACAGGAAGAAUUUUGUUGGCUUGCAGCACUGGAUGAAUCCAAAAACUUUGAUUUUGGGAAACCAAUGUUUUGGGGAUUCAUUCUUCCAGUUGGUCUGAUCCUGAUCUACAACAUCGUACUGUUGAUUCUCUCAUCUAUGGUCAUAUGUAGGACAAAGCCCAUCCUAAACAGUUCCAACCAUCGGUCUGUGAAGAAGAAGAUCUGCAUCAGUUUUUCUCUUGCCGUAAUACUGGGCCUGUCCUGGACUCUGGGAUAUCUGGUUCUCACCACUACAGGACAAGCCAACCUGGUGUUCAGCAUUAUCUUCUGCCUCUCUACAGCCACACAGGGAUUACAGAUAUUUAUCCUCUUCACAGCCAGAAAGCCAACCUUCAGAGCAAGCGUGCUGCGGUCUGUGCAUUACGUAUCUAUCAAAAUGACCAAAUUCUCCAGCAUGACGUACACUCUGCACAACAACCAGCAGACGACCAGCACAGAGUUCUACAGAGACCUGAAAGACACGGAGCAGAAAGCCAAUGAAUAAAUCGUACCC